CCACUCCUGGCAGAGGGAAGACAGGACCACAGUAGAACUGUUACACACCUUUACAACCAGUCCCCCAUUCAUCGCCCGACGCUUUGCUCAGGAUGUGGAUGCUUCUCUUGGGGGUCACCUUUGGAUUACUGGCCUCGUCCAGGUCAGAGCAACUUGCAGUGAAUUCUCGGAGCUGCAGCUAUGCCGGCGUGUUCCUGGUCGAGGGACAAUCCCGUCACUCCCUCACCUUCUCCUUGGCUGAAAAGGUGUGUGAGCAGCUCGAGACCACUCUGGCAAGUGGAGAUCAAGUCGAGGAGGCCUACGAUAAAGCCAUGCAAACCUGCAGGUACGGCUGGAUCAACAACGGGAGCGUCGCAAUCCUCAGACACUCGCACCAUGAAAACUGUGCAGGGAACUUGAGCGGCUUCAUUGUUCAUCCACCCACUGAAAAUGAAAAAUAUGAUGCCUACUGCUUUGAUGACAAAGUUGGGCCUGAGAAGAACUGUUCGAAACGAUUCAGUGGAUCUUUACUCUCAGAUGAACCAGCCGAGACCUAUCCAACAAUAUCAGGCGAAGCAGACUCAGGGUCCACUCUCCAGUCACAACCCAAGGAUUCCUCUGACAUUGAGGGGGGUGACACUACAGUAUCUCUCUGGAAAAUUGAAGUGACCACCUUAGUCGCCACCCCUCCCACAGAUGUGAGUGCAGAGGAUCCAGAGGCUACGGCAACUUUGGAUGAUAACCCCAUCACACCGGGGUUCAUUAUCCCUCUGGAGGACUUGGACCAGCCCACUGGAUCUGGGAUGACGCCAGGCCCCUCUGAGGAGGAAGGAGUCUCUCCGACGGCCCCUGUUGGAAAAACAGAGAAACCACAAGCUCCCACUGGAAAUGAGGAGGAGACUGGGGGCACAAGCGAUGACGCCACCAAAGAGCCUCCACAACAACCAAAUGGCAAAGGACAGGUCCGGAGUCCUGUUGAUCCGAAAUCUGACCGAAAGGAGAGCCGCGGUAAUCUGGACUGGCUGGUAAUCAUUGGGGUGAUUGCGGCAGUUGCUGCGAUUCUUUUCGUAUGUGCAGUUGUUGUCAAAAGAAACAGUUUGUGCAGCAAACGACAGACGCUGAUGAUCACGUCCAAGGAUGGCGGCGAGGGGAACGGCGCCACAGCAUUGGCCUCCAGCUCCCAGGAGCGGGAGCAGGAGAUGGUGACCCUCAUGAACAAGGAGAAGAUCCAGGAGAACGGCAACACCGAGGAGUUCACCGUCAUCACGCUAGAGGAGUCGCCGGAUAAAGAGCAGCAGGCGUGAGACGGGAGUCGUGGAGUUUGAAGGCGAAGAGGGAGAGCGCAAGGAGAAGGUGGAGAGAGUAUAUACAGACGUGGGUUGGGGGCUUCAAACACUGGAACCACUGCAAUGAAUGGACGCUGAGUGAGGGUCUAUGUGUGUGUUACUAUAGAACAAGUGUCUAACUUAAGUGUUUUGGGUCUGGAGCUGUUGCCUCUCAGAGGGGACCAGGUCUUUUCAAACCAACAUGUGCAGCAUUUAGUUUGUGCGGUGUUCCCAGAUGGGGACCCUCAUGUGGUGAUCCUUAGUUCAGACCGAGUGCUGGUCAAAAAAGUGCCGUGCAAGGUGGGGUGUCAUGCGUCGGUGCGUAGCAGGUUGUGCGAGCGCGUUUCGUGUCUUGUUCUUUGUGUUUGCGAGAGUUGUGCGCUUGCGUGUCGAUGACGGGGCUGGAGAGGCAUGGGUUUUAAAGGGAGGGGGGUGGGUAGAGGAGGGCGUCAUUUGUGACGAACAUGUUAAUUACAGAUUAUUCUCUUUGUAAUAGAAUUGGUGAAUCCUAAACUGUAGGAAGUCGAUGAUGAAAACUGUGUUAUUUUAUUUGAGAUUCUGCAGAUAGAAAAAAAAAAAGAAGAAUUUUCAUGUGUUUUGUUCUAUUCGUUUGCUGAAUGUUGUAACCUUGUGUAUAUUUCAGACGUUGCCUGUGGACUGAAGCUUGUUUUUAUUCAAUUUUCAAGAAAACCUGAGGAGUUCUACCUUAAUACCUUAAUUUAUGCAUCUUUAAGUCCCCUUUUCCUUGGUCUCUGUAUAUAAAGUACAUGUUUGGAAAUGCCUUAGCAUUAGAUGCCCACGCUUUUUUUUAUUUUUGGCAGGAAGGGGCUUUAUAUCCUCUCUAAGUAGAAGAAUGUGUUCAUUUUGAGAUUUAUUCAAUCAGAAAAAGCAACUCUGAGGUAAAAAUGAAUUUAGCAAUAUUGCUGUGGGUAUUGCAUGAAUCAGCUCGAGCAUUGUAGAAAUGUGCAAUUUGUGCAAGUUAAUAUGGUAUAAAUUUACAUCAAGUCCCUGAUGUUAUCUUGAGGAUAAGCAGAAUGAUAAUCAUGAUGUAUAUGAAAACACAGUGUGUACUUUGAUUUGGGGGGGAAACGAGCAAAAGAAAGAUUUGGAUUGUAUUUGUAGCCGAUUGAUCAUUUUGUAAAUGUGAGAUUAUUAACUUGAAUGCUAAAUAUCAUAUAUGAUAUUCAGCAUGAACUAAAUAUUACACGAAGGGGGAGCCCAUGUGCUGCAAACACUUUACAAUGUAAAAGACUUCUCAUGAGAUUCUAUUGAAAUAUCUCUGAUUGGAG